AUGGAUACAUACAUUGUCCUAACUUUGCAACCUCGGGAAAGGAAAAGCAUUGUUGCUGCAGCUAUGUUGGAUGAAUUGCAAGAGCAUGUUGAAUUCAUUGACAUGGAAAAUGAUUUGCAUACAAUUGGUGGUUUAGUCCCCCUUUUUGAACACCUGAAGAAUUCGAGUGCAGGCAUCCGAGCAAAGGCUGCCAAGGUUGAGUGUGCUAGAUUCUUUGGGUGUUCUACCAGUGCUCAAUGGUUCAGCACCAACAUCUGUGUUUCAGCUCGGUCUCAAAAGAACCGCCAGCCCGGUCUCAAAGAACCGCCAAGUGUAAACAAACACCCUUUUUUCUCUUCCUUGUUCCUUUUUCUUCUGCCACCGGAAAUUCUUGUGCACAAAAGAAUUCACAGAGAUCAUCAAGAUCAUAGCUACAAGAUUAUGACAACCAUUAGAAACCUCUGCUGCAAUGAUCUUCUUGACAUAACCCAUAUGUUAAUCGAUAUCCCGGAAUCUAUGUCUCCUUUGUCACAUUAUAUGGUGAACAUGGCCGAAUUCUCUAAUAACUGUCUUGUUGCUGUAGCUCCUGGCAAUCAAAUUAAGGGUUACAUUACUGCACUCAAUGAAGGAAAGGGUAAAGAAAAGCGUUGCGAGAUAAGCGAGAUGAAUUACUGUUAUCCGACAGAGGACAUCGGCCACACGGCUGAGAUACUAGUGAAGACAUUAGACGAGGCAGCUGACAAGAUAUUGGAUAUGCUUGCAAUAAGGAAUAUUUUGAUGUCGUUGAUGGAGAGCUAUAAAUAUGACAUCACUCAGGAAAAACUUGUCAGGCGGAGGCUUGCAUCUCUUAGCAGAAGCUGCAGCAAUCUAGCGGCAUCUAAAACUGGACUCUCGAUCGGUGCCUUUUUCUACUAGUUAUUCAAAUGAGAUUUUGUGACAAUGAUAUGCACACACUAGUUAACAGUGACAGUGGUAUACCGUAAUACAUGAUACAUAGUAUGUCGAGGUGAAAGCUAGGAUUGUAAUGACUUAUCCCAUACUUCAAUUAUAGUGUUAUUGCAGAAGAUGUAGUCAUAAGUAGGCUUCCAUAUCGGUUUUAAGUGAAACGAUUGCUGUCUUCAUGUUCGCAUUCACGCCUAUCAAGUCUUGAUUGUUAGUUGUUA